AUUUCUCGUGCUUAAAAAUAACAAAAUCACAUUUAAAUUAAUUAAAGCACUUAAACAUGUCUAAGAGAGUGAAAAACUUGGUUGUUGAUACAACAGCAUUCAUAGAUAAUGCACAGCUGCAGGAAUUGGCUGAAAAAAUCUAUACAAUCCAGGAAGUUGUGGACGAAGUCAAGAAUAGUAAACAAUUAAAGAACCUAGUAUUGCUUCCAUACAAUUUAGAAGUGAAACAACCAGAUCCAGAAGCAGUUAAAAUUGUUACAGAAUUCUCAAAGAAAACUGGUGAUUUUGCGACUUUAUCAGCUACGGACAUCAAAGUUGUGGCUUUAACAUAUGAUUUAGAGAAGCAAUUAGUUGGAACAAGUCAUAUAAGGAAAGAACCAAUCGCAGCACAAACACAUUAUACAGAAAAACCUGCAGAAGACUCAAAAAGUCGUAAUCAAUUACCUGGAUUUUACAAUCCCAAAGAUGGAGAUGACGAAUGGGACGAAAUUGAGGUAGAUUUCGACGAAGAAGACGAGGAAGAAGAAGAAGAUAUAGCUGAAAACAGCACUGAAGAUAAUCAGGAAAUAGAAAUUAACGAAGAAUUGAUUAAAAAGUUGUGUACAAUGGAUAUAAGUCCACCAAACGAAGAAUCUGGAGUUGUUUUGCAAGCUGUAAAUGAUGAUAAUGAAGAAUUUAAGGAAAUGGAACCAGAACAAGAAGAAGAAAGCUCUGAUAAUGAGUCAAAUACGAGUGAUAAUGAAGAUGAAGCUUGGAUUACGCCAAGUAAUAUCAAAAAUGUCAAGAAAAACUUCUCAUCAGACGUAUUAGAGGAAAAGGAAGUAGAAGUUGGAUGUAUUACAACAGAUUUUGCAAUGCAGAAUGUGCUUAAACAGAUGAACUUAAAUGUUACAGCACUUGAUGGUCGAAUUAUUAAAUAUGUGCGAACUUUCAUCUUAAGAUGCUAUACAUGCUUUAAAACAACAACAGAUUCCACAAAAGUCUUUUGUCCAAAGUGUGGAAAUAGGACAUUAAAGCGUGUAUCUGUGUCUGUUAAUGAAAAAGGCGAGAAAGUCAUUCAUUUAAAUCCAAAAAAGCAAAUAACGACCAAGUUUAAGAAUCAAACAAUUAGCAAGCCUAAAGGAGGCAAACAUGCAGUCAAUCCUUUGUUAUUUGCAGAUCAGCUUAUUCCACAACAAAGAGUUUCUAAGAAAGCUCUCCAAAAGACCGAUGCAUUGGAUGAUAAUUAUACUGCUGGUUAUUCACCUUUCGUUAUUCGUGAUUUAGACUCUCGUUCAUCAAAAUUAAGAGGUACGACUAAUAUUAAACAAUGGAUGCAAAACUACGAGUACGACAAUAAUCGUAGAGGAUAUAAGAAGAAUAAAAAGUAAUGAAUUAUGCUG